CUCCGGCCAAAACCCCACCACCACCCUCCACAACCCAGUGACCCCCCCUUGGAUCCCCCGCGCCGGCGCGCCUCCGAACGGCACCCUGAUUGCGCCCGCGCGGUCGGAACCCCAAGUCGAGGCAACGCCACGAGCCGCGGAUUGGUAGCUGGCGAGCUGGGGGUUCUAGGGUUUGCUGGAUGCGCUAGCCAGCGCGAGCAGUCUCCCGGGAGGUGGAGGAGCACCCUGCCGGAGAUGGGAGCAGCGUGAUGCAGCCGCCAGCUAAGCGCCGCCGCGAGCGGGUCGUCCCGUCGCGGUUUAGGGACUCGGUGGUGGCGGUGCCGACGGCCGCGAGGAAGGGCAGGCCCGCGGGGGCCGUGGACGGCGAGCUGUACGAUUUGGAGGCGCCAGAGGGGGAGCCCAGCGUGGCGGCGUGUGCCGGCGGCGAUGAGCACCCUGCGCCGACGGAGGAGGAGUUGUACUGGGCGUGCAGGAAUAUCCGCAGAAGCAGCACCUCCGGCUGCUCCAGCGGCAGUGUGGUGACUACGGCCUUGAGCAACGGUGGCGGGAAUGGGUGGCGCAAGCCGAGGAGGGGUGGUGGCGACAGAAAAGAGGAUCUCUGCUGUCCCUGUCGGCCGGAGGGGAAGGCGACGGUGGUAGAGUGCAAGCGGAAGAGUGAAGGUGGCGAGAAAAAAGAUGAUUUCUACUGGCCGGAGGACUUCGCGCUUGGGGAUGUUGUGUGGGCGAGGGCGGGGAAGAAGUGCCCAGCAUGGCCUGCGCUGGUGAUUGACCCGCUGCAGCAUGCACCGGCGGUCGUCUUAAACUCUUGCAUCCCCGGUGCGCUCUGCGUCAUGUUCUUCGGAUACUCUUACAGCGGGCUCAGGGACUAUGGUUGGGUCAAGCAAGGGAUGAUCUAUCCCUUUAUGGAGUACCUAGAUAGGUUUCAGGGCCAACCUUUGCAUAAGAUCAAGGCAAGCAGAUUCAGUGAAGCAAUUGAGGAGGCUUUCCUUGCUGAGCGUGGCUCUUUUGAGCUCGAAAUGGACGGGCUACAGGAAGGGACUGGUUCUAAUAAUGAGCAAGAAUGUCAAUUGGAGGCUCUGGUUUUUGGAAAAUCACCUGGAUGUGAUAGUUGUGGUAAUCGUCUUCUGUGCAAGAUAGCAAAUAAAAAGAAGCAAGCGGGAGAGCAGUUACUCUGUAGGCACUGUGAUAAGACAUUAUUAUAUCUGCAGCUAUUGCAGUCAAAGCAGUACUGUGGCAUAUGCAAGAAAAUUUGGCACCACACAGAUGGUGGAAAUUGGGUUUGUUGUGAUGAGUGUGAAAUUUGGGUUCACGUAGAAUGUGACCAGACAUGCAUCAACAUGGAGGACUUGGAAAAUGCCGAUUAUUUCUGUCCAGAUUGCAAAUCAAAACGCUAGAGCAUAUCUCCAGUUGAGUAAAUGAAAGCUCUGGACAGAUCCAACAACACAUCAAUUUAAAGACAAGUUGCAUGAUGAAUAGUUAAGAGAAAAAUGGGAAACUGAGGAUUAGCCUGAUGCAAAGGAUCAAUUAAGAGGAGGCAGGGACAGGCACACUCCAUCUGGGAUGUCUGCAUGCAACAGCAUAGAGAUAAGAAGUUUAAAGAAGAAAUGUACAUAGAUGUGGAAAAUCAUAUGUACAAGUAUGAAAGGUACAAAGCUGAGGUCAACCAUAAAGAUCAUGGCUGAACAGAAAGUUCCUCGUAUGUCAUAGGAACCUGCUGUUCCGUAUAUGUCACUGAACAAAGAUUUCUCACCCUUCAUGCCAUCCUUGCCAGUGCUCUGUCAGUUUUAUAAAAGGUUGCAAAAUUGCCGGGAUCCUCUCGCAGUCUCGCCCAUCCUGACACGAUAGCUAUAGCUUUAUACUACAGUAUCAGGCUUGCGCUAGUGCCAGCUCUGUGCACCGUGUUCUGGACAAGGCUAUUUCUCACUAGCUAGUGGUUGUGGAUAACCUUUUUGUCAGCCUGCAGGAUAUACUGACUACUGAUCAGCCUGCAGGUGCAGUACGGGGGAGAAUUUGCGUGGUGUUGCCGGUUUCACUUGAGAGCUAAUCGCCCGCUUUGCUCGGGCACAAAUUGAUGUUUCUUGCGUUCCUGAGGUCGUCUUGUUUUUAAUUUGUUUUCUACUACCCCGUCUCAUAUUAAAUUCAUCG